AUGGACCCUGGAAAUCAUUCCACAGUGACUGAGUUCAUCCUGGCUGGGCUAACAGGACGUACUGAACUCCAGCUGCCCCUCUUCCUCCUCUUCCUCGGGAUCUAUGUGGUCACAGUGGUGGGGAACCUGGGCAUGAUCACACUGAUUGGGCUCAGUUCUCACCUGCACACCCCCAUGUACUAUUUCCUCAGCAGUUUGUCUCUCAUUGAUUUUUGUCAAACCACUACUGUUACUCCUAAAAUGCUGGUGAACUUUGUGACAGCAAAGAACAUCAUCUCCUACCCUGAAUGCAUGACUCAGCUCUAUUUCUUCAUCAUUUUUGCUAUUGCAGAGUGUCACAUGUUAGCUGUAAUGGCCUAUGAUCGCUAUGUUGCGAUCUGCAAACCCUUGCUUUAUAAUGUCAUCAUGACGCCUCAGAUCUGCUUCUGGCUCUCUGCGGGAGUUUAUGUUUUGGGCAUCAUUGGGUCAACAAUCCACACAGGCUUUAUGUUGAGACUCCUAUUUUGCCAGGUCAAUGUGGUUAAUCAUUAUUUCUGUGACCUCUUUCCACUCCUGGAGCUAUCCUGUUCCAGCAUCUACAUCAACGAAUUAUUGGUUCUAGUCUUGAGUGCAUUUAACAUCCUGUUUCCUGCCUUAACCAUCCUUGCCUCCUACAUCUUCAUCCUCUCCAGCAUCCUCCGCAUCACCUCCACUGAGGGUAGGUCCAAAGCCUUCAGCACCUGCAGUUCCCACAUCUCAGCUGUUUCUGUUUUCUUUGGAUCUGGUGCCUUCAUGUACCUGCAGCCAUCCUCAGUGAGCUCCAUGGAUCAAGGCAAAGUGUCUUCUGUGUUUUAUACCAUCAUUGUUCCUAUGCUGAACCCCUUGAUCUACAGUUUGCGAAAUAAGGAUGUUAAAUUAGCCUUGAAAAAAAUUCUGGAUUGCAGCAAACAUUCAUAA